CGCCGGCAUCUACCAGCUCGCCGCGUCUCGACCCGGACGUUCUCCUGAUCUGAUGAACCGGCUCUGUCUGAGCGGUGUUCAUCCUCAAUGACUCGAACUCGAGUCUUGUCGCGGACUAGCUGUUGUUGGCCGCCACCUCCUGGGGCUAAGCAAUCCCAGCCAACCAGCUUUGUCAAGAAACAAUGCCGUGCCAGAAGCGGACGCUCCUGGGCUUUCUCCUUUCAUUUCAUACAGCUGGAGUCACGCCGGAAGUCUGAAACUAUCUCUGAUUUGCAUAGGAUCCCUAGGAGAAAAGGAAAGAAGAUCAAUGCUUGUUUGGAGAUGACACAACAGCACAUCUGCAUGGCACCAGUCAUUACUUAGACUGCAAGUGGAGCUUCCCAACCACCGUAUCUUGACCAAGAUCCACCAAAUGGAGUGCAGACACAACUCGCAAAGCAUUUGCAACAAAGUCACUACUUCUUAAGGACUAUACACUGACCGCAUAGUACAUAGUAUUUGUUUGAGGUCACUGGUGUGAUGAGAAGGUUUGUGCUUGCCUGGAAUGUUACUUUAGCCACCCACGUAUGUUUAUAUUUUCCCUGAGACUGACCGACCCUCAACCUCCCUCCCAAGUCCCAACUACUACCUCUGCUGGUUGCUGUCCUUGCUCUGCAACUAAACUAAGCAUAGUUGAUAACACUUGCUCUCCCAAAUCUCCAAUCCGCACACACUGCUUGCAGUGUUUAGAGAUGUCAUGGGCGAAAGCAGCACGUUUCACCUAAACUCCAGGUCUAACAUCCCAAGUCAUCAUAUGCAAAUCAUAACAGCUACAAGGGUGCUAUUGAUCCUGCUCUACUUGAUGCUGUGAGACAUCCAAGAAGGCUGCCUUUACAGGGUCUGUCUGCAUAUUAAGCACUCUGGAGGUUCAUCAGAGGCUAAAGGGCUACAGAUACUGCACUUGCUGUCACAGUCACACUGAUAGCGUAACAAGAUCGGCUUAUGAAGCUCUCUUCUAUGGAGCAACCCUCUUUAAACCGAGCAAGCUGAUUUGGAAGUCUUGGGCCCCCAGGAAGUGCAAAUUCUUUCUCUGGCUGGAGGAGGAGACGAUCCACCAUUUGUUGUGUACCUGCAUUUUCUCCUGGCAGUUUUGGCAACAGCUGCUGUGCUGGUUCGUCCUCCCUGACCUGGCACCCCAAUCAGUCUUGGUCAGUCUGUUCGAGUGGUGGCAGCAAGCCGGAGACACCCUCAACAAGGAUACCCGACAAGGGCGAAAACAUGGUUUCUAUGGAAGCUGCUGUGGUAACAGGAAUAUUGAAGGUUGUGGGCAACAAGUUAGCUCCACUGGUUAUCAAAGAGUACAGGUCUGUAGUGGGUGUCAAAAAGGAUCUCCAGGAGCUUCAAAAUCUUGCUAUGGAGAUCAACUCUUGGCUGGAAGCACAAGGAGACAGAGCAGAAGGAAAUUGGCUCAAAAAGUUGAAAGAUGUAACCUAUGAUGUUGACGAUGUUUUGGAUGAGUUCCAGCUAGAGGCUGAAAAAAAGGAUGCCAAUGCUGAUGGUGGCGCAAUGUCCCGAUUCCGCACAAAACCAAAAUCAUUUUUGCUUCAGUGCAUGGCGGCCUGGAAAAUCAAAGACAUCAAGAAGCGGUUUGCUGAAAUUGUGAACCAAAGAACUGACAUCAAUGAAAUAAAAAAUAACAUACCAGACGCUCAUCCUGCACGACAUACAACUGUGGAGUUGCUACCAUUACCCAAUGUGGAUGCCUCAUCAGUAAUCGGAAGAGAUAGAGAGAAGCACCAAAUAAUAUCCAAACUGGUAGAGAGCAAACACCAACAGAAAAUCAAGAUAGUUUCCAUCAUUGGACUUGGUGGCUUUGGGAAAACAACCUUGGCUAAACUUGUUUUCAAUGAUGGGAAUAUAAUUGCAAAGGAUUUUGAAGUUAGACUGUGGGUUCAUGUGUCGCAAGAAUUUGCCGUUCAAAAGCUUGUUGAGAAGUUGUUUGAAGCAUUUGCUGAAAAUAAAUCUGACCACCAUCGCUUGCCUCAUAUGAGCAAAAGAAUAUCAGAAAAGUUGUCUGAAAAGAGGUUUCUGCUUGUUUUGGACGACGUCUGGACAGAGGACCGAAUUCAAUGGGAAGAACUCAUGGCAUUUCUAAAUGGGAUUGCACCUGGUCCUGGAAGUACGAUUUUGCUCACUACUCGGAGUAGAGAAGUUGCGGUAACAGUGGGAUCCACUGACCACUUUGACCUGCCAUUGUUGUCUCCGAACGACAGCUGGCAACUGUUCCAACAAAGCAUAAUAAUGCCUGCUACAGGUUGGAAUUUUCAAUUUGAAGAGGUUGGGAAUCAGAUUGUGAAAAAAUGUGGUGGGUUACCGCUGGCAAUUAAAGUUCUUGCAUGUGCCCUCACUGGCAAGGAACGAAUAGAAGAAUGGACGGCCAUGAGAGACAAUAGUUUAUUAGAUGCAGUGGGUGAAGAAAAUAGACUAUUUGCUUGCUUGAAGUUGAGCUAUUUCCAUUUGCCAUCCCAUCUAAAGCCAUGCUUCACAAUAUGCUCACUUUUUCCCAAAGGCUACAUGAUUGAUAAAGAACGGUUGAUUGACCAAUGGAUUGCCCAUGAUAUGAUUGGAGUGGAGGAUGGUGUUGAUUACUUCGAGUAUACUGCCCACAAGUACUUUAAUUCUCUCAUUCAGAGGUCCUUUCUACAGGAUGUAGAUGAAAAUUCUUAUGGAAGAGUAAAAUACAGGAUGCAUGAUUUGGUUCAUGAUCUUGCUCAGUCCAUCUUGGGUGACAAAAUAUCACUUGUCGUGCCAAAGGAGGCAUCCAGUUCCACCAGGAGCUACAGAUAUUUUUCUUUAACUAAACAGACAAUCCAUUUACUACCCAAAAGUCUCUUCCAGAAAGCACGUGCUCUAUAUGCUGAUAAGUGUGAAGUUGAUUGUAAAAUAUUCGGCAUGGCACUAAAGAAUGCAAGACACUUGCGCAGUGUCACCAUGGAUUACGUCGAUAAAGAACUAGUAUAAGCCGUCAUAUUGCAGGUAAAAAAUC